AUGGGAAUCAAAGGCUUGACGGCGCUCAUCAACGAGGAGGCGCCCAACGCGAUCAAGCAUGAAGAGAUCAAGACCUUGUUCGGUCGCAAGGUCGCAAUUGAUGCGUCAGUAACGAAACCCAGUUUUCGGGUGCUGGACGCGAUGAUUUGAUGCUUUAUCGAUGUGCUGACUCAAGAACUCUCGGAUCAUCUUGACGCGCCGCGACGCGUUCAACCCCUGAAUGUCCAUUGGCCGCGAUGGUCGACGCAGGUCCAUGUCAGUCUUCCUUCUUGAUCCUGGGGAUGUACAUGAGGACUUGAAGGCCGACUCGGGCUUUUCUCCCCCGCAGGUCCAUCUACCAGUUCUUGAUCGCCGUGCGCCAGCAGGACGGCCAGCAGUUGAUGAACGAUGCGGGAGAGACCACCUCGUAGGCUGUUUUCCCAGUACAUGGAUGAGUGUCGAGAUGGUCUGAAUUCACUCGGAGUAAUUGAUUCCAAUAGUCACUUGAUGGGACUCUUUUACCGAACGGUGAGUUAAGUUGACGGCGGCCGUCGAGCAAAGGUGGCAACAGCAACACUGGACUGACCUGAAAUAUCGCGUGUGCCACGUCUGGUUCCAGCUCCGCAUGGUCGACAACGAUCUCAAACCUUGCUACGUCUUCGACGGAAAGCCGCCACAGCUCAAAUCCAACGUCCUCAAGAAACGUUUCGCCGGUCGAGAGGAAGCCAAGACCGCCGAAGAGGAGGCCAAGGAAGUCGGCAAGUCGAGCUGGCGAGUCUUUCGAGCCUUACUCGAUCUGUAG